ACACCUCUUUGACUCGCUGGUGGACAUCUGUCGAAAAGCCCCUGUAUGCCACCUUGGCUGACUUUAGCCUUGGGCAAUUGCCUCGAUCGAUACAUCAGAGUGCAUAUACAUCCUAUCUCAAGGCACACGCGGUCAUCACAAACAUCCUCGGGACGCAGGUCAUCUUUAAGAAUCAAGACUCGCUCGAAGCGGCGCCUGACAACUGUGGCCAGCUCAUUGCUCAUGCUCAAGAAAUCAUGCGUCGGAUCAAGGAUAUCGUGGAUCAGUGCAAAGCACAGGCCACGUCUUCGACCUCGAUCAUGUACAAGCAGCCUAAGUCCUCAACCUCGAGCUCGCUUUCACUCUCAACAACUGUCCGACCAGGAUUGACUUCGUCACACCCCUCACAACGAUCAAUCGCUACGAUAUCACGGAUCACCAAACGGACAAAGAAGAAUAUACCGAUGAUACCUAUUUCACCCCUGACAAAGCAGGCGCUCUCACAAUCGUAUGCGCUCUCGCAGGUCAGCCAGAGGCUUGAGCAGGCAAAACAAGGAUUGAGCCCACAGGGAAAUCCCUCCCUUUCAGUAACCCGCGAUCUCGCCAACCUGAGACGACUUAUCGAAGAUGUGCGUAUUCAAAGGGCAAAAUUGGACUCGAUCAACCUUCAGGUUCACUCUGUCGCCACCUCAACCAUCAUCUCAUGGGAACCGGAUCUGAUCGCCAGGCAACUGACCAUUAUCGAUACGCAGCUCUUCAAGGACGUUAUUGUACCAAAGGACCUCGUUCGGGCGGAUCGCAAACUAUACCCUGCUCAGCACUGUAUCGAUUUCGAGACCUAUGUCGCCCACAGUGUCGCUCACCUUUUACUCGUGGAGUGGAACACUUGUCGUCAACCAUCGCCAGUCAAUACCCCCGCAGUAUCCAAGGACCAUCAUACACAUGCUCCAGUCAAUGCAGUAGCACACAUGAUCAGAGUUGCAAAUAUCCUCUUGAACGUCUACAGGAACUUCAACAGCUUCAUGGCGGUCAUGAGGGCGCUCACUAGCCCUGAAAUCAAGCGCAUGCACAAACUGUGGUCCGGUGUCAGUUCCAAGGCAAAGGACAGCUUCAAGCGACUCAUUUCGAUCUACUGUGCGCACGACAACGUCCAAUACUACAAGGAAGCACUUGUGCAAAAGCUGGACGCUUUUCAGGAUGUGGGCAAGGACGCCGUCAUUGCUAUUCCCUGGAUGAGAUACCAUGUGGAUGAGGUCAAGGGGAUCAUUAAUUCCUAUCUGACAGGACACGAACCCUCAGGCGGAUCGGCCGAUAUUGUCCUGUCCGCGCCGGGCGCUAGGAAGCUGUCUGCAGUUACUGCAUUGUUGAUGCAAUGCCGCACAAACGGAUCCAGCGCUUUCGAUCGUCAGGACAUGGAUGACCGAGCCUCACAGUCCGGAUCAACACAUACCAAACAUCGCGAACCAGUUCAGAUCGAUGGCCUAAAGGCGCCACUCACGCCUAUCUGGGACUUGGUCUCUCUUGGCGCUGGCGAUAUUGCGCUCCAUCACUGGCUUCUGUCGCGCCCAUUCCUCAACAAACAUCAGCUGAUUGACGAGAGUCUGGAGAUUGAACCACUGUUCAAUGGCGAGGAGCUGCCAUGCUACGAGGCGCCAUUUGACAAUGACAACAGCGAAGAAUCCGAACCGAUGUUGGGGGAUGCAGCGCAGGACGAUUCUUUUGAGCAUGUCAUCCCUCCAGAGCACGAUCUUGAGCCUUUGCCCGAGCCGUCAGUACCGAAGCCCAAGGAGAGACCAUCCUUGCCACGGACGCCAGUUUCGGAAACAGAGAUCAAUCAAAUCAUGAACGAACUGUUGGACGAUGAUGCUAGUGACAGCAAGGGACUCUUUGACGAUAUCAACACGGAUUCGGAUGAUAAUGUCGACCAAGCAGAGCAAAGGCCGGGUAUUGGUCAACCACGAGCUUCGUCUGGGCGCUCUCGUGAUGUUCUCAGCUUCUUGGGCAUCGAUGCAGAGGAUUAUUCGGACAGCGACAAUGAUGGUGAUCAAGACAACAGGAUGGUACGAAAGCCUUCCACUUCUGACAAGGGCAAAGGAAAGGCAGUUGAGAUCGACGAUGCCGAGGAAAUCAACAAACUGCUCGCUCAGGUUAAAGGCCUGGUUCAUGAGUCAAGGAGUCAUACUGCAGAUGUGGAGUCUACUCGUGCGUCCGAAGGUCUUGGCUUGGACUUUCAAGGUGACGUCCAUGAGGGUCGGGAUGACGAUGAAUAUUUUAGCUCUAAUAGGAAGACCUUUGAGUCUUUCGAGCAGGGUGACGAAGAUGGGAGGGAGUAUGUGAGCUCGGGCAGGGCAUUCGAGCCCUUCCAGCAGGGUGACGAGGAAGAUCAAUUCGACUUUGACGGUGAACAGCAACCAUCUGGAGAAAGCCCAUCUGGCGUUGAAGGCCCAUCUGGCGUUGCAGAGGUAUCAACCUUACUGUCUCUGGAAUCACUACGAAAACAGCUCAAGGAUGUAGGCCGGCAAUCGGAUGCCAUCAUUUCAACGAGUGAGGCAUCAAAUAAGGGCGCCAUCCAUAAGCAGGAGGACAGGACGUCAGAGACAGUCAUCAAGAGGACCAAUUUCAGCUCUAGUCCGCCAAUGUCACGAAUCACUGCCUCAGCUUUGCAAGGAUCUGAGGAUAGUAUCGAUACAGCGAAGACAUCUCUGACUAGCCAUGGAAGGCUGAACUCAUCAGAAGACGGUCGCCCAGCUGGUGUAGACGAGUCAACGGGAGCCAGCCCUUUGAAGGCAACUGAGAAUGGAGCCGCUGAAGAAACACAGUCGAGCGAGGACAAUGCGGCGUCGCCUCCUGUCGUGUCGAUCCAGGAGCUGGACAAGAAACCAUUGGAUAGCUCUCUGCCCUCUUUCGAGAGAUCAACGUCAAGUUCACCCUCCGAAUCGACGACAGCGACGAAUCUGAUGACGACGACGAUAGUGACCAGUUCUCAUGCAAAAGUACCCGAUUCAGAAGCCAGGCCCUCCCAGUUGGGAACAAGUCCUCUGACAAGCGAUUUUGAGAUAGGAAGCAUGGCCUCCGCAUUGGACGAAAAAGAACAUGGCGCCGCUGGAGAGUCAUCCCAGCCUGUAACUGUAUCCAGCAUGUCGAGCAGUCCGGAAUACGACAGGAGCAAGAGCCCAAGGCCCUAUAAGGACGAUUCGGCGGAGUGGACCGACUCUGCAGAGUCGGAGAAAUUUAAGGGGGCAGGAACAGAUACAGGAGGGAAGACUGACGCAGAGAACAAUAGUAGCAGUAGCGUCGGGCAAGGCGAUAAAAGUUCAGCUGAAUCGGCUGAUGGCCGCGCAAAGACGAACAGGCAACGGCGACGGAUUGCUGGAGGCGUGAUUUCGUCAAAGUCCCUCAUCCCGAAGGUGUCCAAGUCCUCUCUCUCCAGUGCUUUCCAAGAAUCAGCGUCUGGCUCAGCAGUAGAUCAUCAAACAGAUGAAGAGCAUGGACAGGAACACGAGCAGGGACAAGGACAGGUACAGGACGAGACUCACAGCAACGUACAGGAGGAGGAGCAUUCCUUGGGAUUGGGUACGGAGCAGCAUGAGGGCUCCCAAGAUACAGGUGACGAGAACAUAAAGAGAGCAGGAGGCGAUACUACGACAGAGACCAGUAAUGCUGAUGUGAAUGCUACUGCCAGAUCGUUACCCGAAGAAACAGAUGCGAACAAGCUGGAUCAUGAUCAGUAGCAUGAGCUGAAGAUUCAACAUUGCCACAAGUGAUGAAAAAAAAGUAUAAAAUAAAGAUGAUGCUCUUCAAAAUCGCAAGA